AUGACACUUCCCAGACAUUUUUGCGAAACGCUAAGAGAAUACCUGGGGAAAUGCCUGGCCACACCUCUCCAGUCCAUUAAUCUGCGCACAUUAACAGGAACUGAUAGAGACUACGUCCUCACGGCGGUGAAGCAGCUCGGCGCACGCACUGCGCGCAGUUACCGUGCCAUUGCUAGUGAGAUUCGCGAGGGAGGUUUGGACCGGGAAACCGACGCCCGGCUGUCACCGCUGGAGCACAUGUGUCGGAGGGAGUUUGAGUGCUGUCUGGAGUUAAGCGAGGUGGCGUCUGUCUACCAGCGCAAUCUAGAGUGUGGCGAGAUAUCUAAGGCAAACACACUUAGGUCAAACGAAAUUGGCGAUGAGGCACGCGUCGAAAGCAUUAUGAAGGGUGGCGAGCACGGCACUGGCGAUAGUGGUGGCGCGAGCGCAUCGACAGAGCGUUUUAUUGACGUCCUAGAGAAGCUUCGGCCUCACGACAAUCUGUUUGACAUCGUUGUCAAUGAACUAUGGAUUCGUUCACCGCGCCUCAACAGCUGGCUCUCGUGUUUUUGUAGACGACGUGUCUCCUGGCGUAUCAUCCACGAGCAUAUUCUUCACCUACUUGAACCAAACCGUUACUCAUCCAUUAUUCGACAAGACCAUGACGUUAGUAGUAUUCUGAAGCACACCGGCAGAGUUGUUGUGGAGCAAUACGAACGAAGCAUUCAAUCCACUCAUGGUGGAUCCAUAGCGAUUCAUGUGGAGGAGCAGCCCGAACUCUUCACACGCCUCCCGAGUGGACGACUAGCGACCUCAAGUGACCUCGAUUAUUUUGUAUGCCCUUCGGCCUCCGUGGCACCUGCGCCACCGUCGGAUGUAAUUUACUCGGUUGAGAGGCAUUUGGAAUACGUCUUUAGAGAGCUCAUGAAGAAUGCUUGCGCGGCGACGCACUCACGAACAAAGGAGAUUGAGCUGCAUGUGGGCUUUGCCUCAGAUGACACACAUGUUGUGGUGGAUGUGAGGGAUGCCGCGGGGGGUAUUAGUGCCGAUGAUGUGGAGAAGCUUUGGUUCUUUGGCUGGACGACAAACUCCUCAUUUGACCGUUACAUGGGCGGCUUUGGCGUCGGCCUGCCCGUUUCCAAGUGUUACAUGGACCUCUGGGGUGGAAGGAUGGAUCUGUAUACGACUGAAGGUAUUGGAACUACCGUUCGCGUUGUAUUCCCCAAGGCUCCCACGGAGGUGUUCCGGCCAAAGAAGCCACCACCCACGUCUGCGUAG